AGUUGCGUUUUCCGUAUUGGAUGAUUGUGUUUUCCAGAGUGGGUUCUCUUGAAAUGCUAAAACUAGGGUUUAGUCCAUGUUUCUGUAAGUGGGUUUUCGCUUUUGGGUUCUUGUGUGUUGAAUGAUAUUCUUUACUUUUUCUUUUUUCAUUUGUGUGUUGAAUGAUAUUCUUUACUUUUCUUUUUUCAUUGUAAGUUUUUUUUUUCUUUUUUAAAACCCUGGACAGGAUUUCCUUCAUCAGCUGAUUGUUUUGUGGGUAUUUCUUGAAAGAUGCCAAAAGUAGGGUUUAAUCCAUGUUUUUGUAUGUGGGGUUUCAUUUGUUCGUUAAUAUGUGCAGAAUGAUUAAUGCAUUGUGACAUGGCUUAUCUUAAGCUUUAACUCAUGGAUUUGUUUCUGAUUAUUACGGAUAUUCACUGAAAAUGCUAAAAAUAGUGUCAUUUCCUAGUUUUUGUAGGUGUGUUUACAUUUUUUGGUUUGUAUGUCUUAAAUGAUAUAUAUUUUUCCGCAUUUUAAAUUGAUUAUUAUAAGCUUUUAUUUAUGAAUCUGUAUCUGGGUUAUCUUGCUUCUUUUGAGUUGCAUUUAAUCCUGCCUAUGGGUAAGGAAAAGGGAAAUAAAUGAUUUUUUUUUUUUAAUCUUGGGUUUUGUUUUCUAAAUGGUGCUUUUAUUAUUAUUUUUUGAUUUAAAAGUGACUGUAUUAAUCUCUAAUUUAUGAAUGUGUUUCUGGUUUUUCUUAUUUCUCUGGAUUCAUGUUUACUCUCCCUCUAGGUAAAGGAAAAUAAUAAAUAAAUGAGAAAUUUGAAUCUUGGGUUUUCCAUUUGGGAUUCAAGAAAACAAAGACCUUCCCUUGUCCGAGUUCUAUACGGCUAUUUGGCUGAAGUUGGGAUUCAUGUUUUUAAUUUUGGAAAAAGAAACAACAGAAGGUUCAAAAUAUGGUUUCUUUUAUUUUCCUCUGUUUUCUUUGUAACUAAUUGGAACCUUUGUUGAUGUGGUGUGCCCCACCCCCUCUGCUGUCUUUGCAGGAUUAGCUGAGGGUGAGGGGGAGGGCCCCUGUUGAAGUCGAUGUAUGUUUGUUUGUCUCCAGAAUGAUGCCUAUGUUUCUCCUGCUCAAUCUGUCUUUUAUGGUUGAGCUCUUUCUAAAAGUUUAAUGGGCUUCUAAAUUGUGUUAUAUUGAAGUUGGUUAUAGGCUGAUUUUAUUGGCUGUGCUAGUUUGCGCUGUCUUUUUGUGCUUUGCUUUAGUUUCUGUUUUGGAUUGGGUUACUUGGUUUUAUCAUUCAGGGAAUGUUUGACUACAUCUCAUGGAAAAAAAUAGUCAUCGAGUAUUUUAUUUUAUCAGCCGGCCUAGUUUACUCUGUCUUUUUGUGUUUUGCUUUUAGUUCAUCUUUUGGAUGGGAUUACUCAGUUUUAUUAUUUUGGGCAUGUUUGAUUAUACAUCAUGGAAAAGAAAUAAUUGUUGAGUAUUUUACUUAUCAAUUGGAACUUGUCCUUUCGUUCAUUCAGUUGCAUUUAAAAUGAGAGUGCUCAUCUCUUUUUAGGAUCAAUUUUCUUUUAUAGGGAUCAAUAUUUAGCUUUCUAUGACAUGACAUUGUUUGUUAUUUUCUAGACUUGAGGAGAUGACUCCUUUCAUUUUAGUAUCUCUAUUUCUAGAUGGGUUUUGCCUUCAGAUUCUACAAAGAACAAAACAUGCUUGAUUUCCUUGUUCUUAAUAUAUCUUGCUCAGAAAGUGCCUUUCCACGUUUUCAUGCAAAGUGGAUAGAGUGUGAGAAAGAUUGGUGGUGGAUAAGUUUAGGACUGUAGAUGGGGGUAGUGUUCUAAGGAGUUUAAGGGCCCAAUGGAUUGUGCAGUUUGGCUUGUUAUCGGACAGGGUUGGGAUGCUUUCAUGGUUUUAGUAGCGUGUUGGUGGAUCCAAUGGAUGCUUAAAGAUAAUUUUGUCUUUCCUUCUGCUUUUGAUAGAGAAGGCUUAGUUGUGAAUUUGUGGAGUUAGGGGAUGGCAAGAUCAUUGGAAUAUGAUUUUGUUUUUUUCCCAGAAAUUUUCAUGAUUGGCAGUGAAGGAUAAGUGGCUUCUUUCAUGACAUGCAUUUACUAGUGCGGAGUUAGGGUGGUAGGGAGGAUUGUUGAUAAGGAAAAUGUCUAGAAGGGGUUUUUUCUUUUGAUGGCUAGGACUUUGGUGAAUUGGUGUUUGUCUUUGUAAUUCAGCAAGAAGUCUUCUCCAUUGCAAGGCAGCAGGCUCUCUUUGAUACUUACUCUUCUCCUUCUCUGGUAUUUACUGGUUUUCUCUUUCAUAAAGGACUCUGUCAUUGGACGUGUGGUAACUCAUGGGGAAAAGGCAUGAGGAAUCUUGGAAAGCUAUAUGCCCCUUAGUUGGUUUUGGUGUAUAUAGAAAGCUCUGAGAACAUUUUAUUUUUUGAUAGGCAAUAAUAGAGAAUAUAUUAAUAGUGCCUAAGAAAGGAUGCACCUAGGUACACACAAUUUGUACAAUCUGUGCCAAAAGGCUAGCUAAGAAAAUAUAAAAUAAAAACAAGCUCUCUUCUUUUAGCUCAACUAAUUGACAAAGCAUAUCAUGGACAUUGAAUGGUCAUCUAUGUACACUCUAACCCAUCCAGGAAAAAAAAAAGACAUAAAAGUAGAGUUAAUUGCCUGAUCUGGUUGUUCGGAUUGUCAAACAACUCCUUAUGUCUUAUUUCUUUUAUUCCAUAAAAGAUAGAAAGUGUUAUACUUAUCAAAAAUAAAUAAAUGAAUAAAUAAAUUACAGAAAGAGGUCUGACUAUAUGAGGAAGCAAUACAAAAGGUAGCUCCUUUGUUUAUUAUAGGACAUUUGAAAGGAGCACGUAGAGGAAUCUUUGUAGGUGUUUGAGUUGUGAGUGCAUAAACUUGGAGACUUCUAGAGGCCAAUGUCUUGGUGCAUGAGAACUCCAUGGGCUAGGAACUAGUUCUUUGAUUUUGCAUUGUGUUUAUCUAUUUCUUGAUUGGGGUAUGGACUGCUUGAAGUGUUUUGUUUGCAUCCGAUGAACAUGGGGUCCUCCCUUUUUUACUUUUCAAUUAAUUUCUUAAUUCAUAAAAGUGUGUACUAUUUUGAUGGCUAUGUUCAUGUUUGUCAACUGUCUCUAAGCAAAAGUAGCACACUGUUGGACCUUGAUUCUUUUUGAUAGGUAAAAGGAUAUUUUAUUAAAUAAAUAAAGUAUACAUGAUAUAUACAAAACAACAUAAGCCAGAAGGGGUAAAUAUAUAAAAAUAAGCAACUGCCUAUGGGGAACCUAACCAAUCCACAAAAUCUAUAAAAAAAAACUUUUGAUUGUUUGGUCCAAACUUUCACAAUUCUCAAAGGUUCUCCUAUUUCUCUCAAAGGCUUUCCUAAUUGUUUAGACCUGGAUUCUAUGUCAUGAAGGUCUAAAUUCUAAUUCAAUUUAUCCCUUUGGAAGCAUGCUCACAUGUGUGGCCCCUUAUUUGAGGAAAACAAUUGUGGACUAAACUUAUUUCUGAACCAGGCAAGGUCCAAUACUAUUUGUUUAUGGGGGAUUUCAGAAGGGAAACACUAUCACUGGGGCACUUUCUCUUGGUAUCCACAAGUUCUGAUGGCCUAAAUCUUGUGGCACAUGUUUAACAGAAAUAAAGGGACAGAUUUGGGUCCCAACUGCAAAAUUUGGUUCUAUGUGAAUUGUAUUUGACUAUAUGUGCUUCUCCAAGGGGGCAGAUUGUACAGAGAAGAGACACAUGUAUGCUUUGACUGGUUGCAUGUACAUAUAUGGCAUUGCAUUGGAAAUGAAAUUUCAUUUAAUGGCCAAUUUGGCACCAAAUUUGGAAGGUGCAGAUCUCCCAUACAAGCCUAAAUAUUGGGGAAUAAAAGGAGACUUACAAGAUAGCAAAAUAGGAUGCAGCCUGUUGUAGCUUUGCUCUUUUUGGAGUUAUGUCUAAUGUCUAUACUGCCUCUUUCAAUUUGUUGUUAAUUUUGGACUUCUUGAUGUAUUCCAUCAUACUACUACUUGUGUCUACCAUCUAGUUUUCUUUUUUUUUUUUUAAUAAUUAUAGAAACUUAGAAAAAGGGAAAAUUAACUGUUUCCUUCGUUUAAAAUUGAGGAGGGGUCUUCUUACUAUUAUCUCUCUGGUACCCUCUGCUGACUUCUUUGUUCCAUAUAAUCAGUAUUACUUGAUUUUUUUUCCUUUCUUGUUAAUUAUUUAUUUUCCGUCUUAAAGAGUGCAAAAUUUUAUACUCCUUAUGGGUCAACCUGAAGCUCUAGCCUCCUCCAAGCUCUCAGGAAGAUUGAACCACGGGUUCUAUUCCACAAGCUAUUCUGACUUCCUUAGUGGAAGGAUAUGCACUGCCAGCCAGUCCCGAAUAACACUCCUCAAUUGCAUAUCUUUGAUCUCCUUCAUGAUGGACUCUGCAGUGAAACAACAAUGCCUUUGGAACCUUGUUGGAAGCUUGUUUAUCUAGGAAAAUCUUUGCAUUUUCCAUCAUCCAAAUUCCCCAAUCUGUGGCCAGAAUGAAUUGGACUAAAUGCUCUUGCUUCUUUCUACUCUUGCUGGCAAAAGAAUUCUCCAUUAUGCUAUUAUUCCCAUUAGGUGCUACUCAAGAUUUACAUGACAAGCAAAAUGGUCAUUGGAGUGGAGACGGUGAUAAACAAGUGGUUGUUGCAAUCACUGUAUUCUGCUUGUUAGUCGUUGCCUUCUAUGCUUUCUUUGCCCCUUUUGUUGGAGGCCGCAUCUGGGAGUACGCAUUGAUCGGCACUUACUCUCCGGUGGCACUCCUUGUUUUCAUUCUUUAUGUUCGGUGCACUGCAAUCAACCCGGCAGAUCCUGGCAUUUUGUCCAAAUUUGAUAAUCAAGCAAUUGAUAAACCCAACUCAAAGCAUGGAUUAUCAGCCAAGGACUUGCCCACAAAAUUUGAUGAAAUUGGGAAUGGGCCACAGUCUUCUCCAUCAUCAGCUUCUAGAAGUUCUAUAGCAGCAGCUAACUCUAGCAGGAAAGGUUCAGUGGGUGAAGUUGGGAAGGUAGAUAUUCCUGUGAAAUCUCCAAGUAGGAAAUCAUCUUGUUGUAAUUUUGGAGGAAUUUUCUGCGCAUUGUUUGUACAUAAAGAUUGCCGCAAACAAGAAGGUACAGCUGAGCAACAGGGCGCAGGUGAAGAUGCUUUAUUCUGCACAUUGUGCAAUGCUGAGGUACGCAAAUUCAGCAAACACUGUAGAAGUUGUGACAAAUGUGUGGAUGGAUUUGAUCACCAUUGUCGGUGGCUUAACAAUUGUGUGGGGAGGAAAAAUUAUGUAACUUUUAUCUCCCUUAUGGCCAUCAGUCUCAUUUGGCUUGUUAUCGAAGUUGGAGUUGGUAUUGCUGUCCUAGUGCGUUGCUUUGUUAAUAAGAAAGGCAUGGAGACUGAAAUCAUUGAUAGACUUGGAAAUGGUUUCUCCCGUGCUCCAUUUGCAACUGUUGUGGUCAUAUGUUCUGCAGUUUCAUUGCUGGCUUGUGUACCUUUGGGUGAACUUUUCUUUUUCCACAUAAUACUGAUUAGAAAGGGUAUUACAACGUAUGAGUAUGUUGUGGCGAUGAGGGCCAUGAGUGAGGCACCAGCAGGAGCAUCUGUUGAUGAAGAAUUGCCGAAUGUGCUAUACUCACCAUCAGGAUCAGCGACAACUGGCUUGAGUGGUGGAAGUUCCCUGGGACUGCAAUACAAGGGGGCAUGGUGUACCCCUCCGAGAGUCUUUGUUGAUUAUCAGGAUGAAGUUAUACCUCACUUGGAUCCUGGAAUGGUCCCAUCUACUGUGGAUCCAGAUGCAGCUGGAUUUGCAGAAAGAGGGAACAAGGUUCCUAAAAGGCCAGUCCGGAUCAGUGCUUGGAGGCUUGCAAAGUUAGAUUCAAAUGAGGCCGUGAGAGCAGCAGCCAAAGCGAGGGCAUCCUCUUCCGUUCUCCGGCCAGUUGACAACCGCCAUGUAGCAGAUCCUGAAUUGAGUUCCAGUGGGAACAUAAGUGUCACAAGCAGUUUGAGCACAGACAUGGGGGCAAAUAAGGAACUCAAGAAUGAUCUGAGACUUUCUCCCAUCAGAAACUCUCUUGCUCCUAGUCAAGGUAGUCGGGAUGAAUAUGAGACUGGGACUCAAAGUGUUAGUAGCUUCAGCAGUCCUAGCCAUGUUCAUGAAUCGGUCACACUAAGCCCUCUCCCACAAGCUCAUGGUGUGGGUCACUUUACUGCAGCUACCUCAGCUCCUACCUUUGUUCAUGAUCGACCAUUUACUUCUAGAGCAGUAUUUCCUAAUAUCAGCCACCAGUCGACCCAUCCUUCUACUGGAUUUGAAGAAAAAAUCAUCCAAAAAGGAGGCAGUACUGAUCCCUUAUUGCUUUCUGCUCCAGCUGCUUCUCUACUUAGAGAUGUGAAAAGGACAUCAGUGGUGUGGGACCAAGAAGCCGGAAGAUAUGUAUCAGUCCCUGUAUCAGCUUCAGAAGCUCGAAACAGAUCAACCAUACAAAUAGGAAUAUCAAACCCUACCACAGAAAUGGGUGGCUAUGGUAGAAGACCUGUUGUUCCACCUCAAGAAUCUACAUCAUCUGCGUUAAAGGCUCCAGCUCAGCAAUCUGAGAAGCUGAUGUAUACAGGAGAGUCUAUCUUCUUUGGUGGCCCGCGGUUGAUUGUCCCGGUUAGGGAUGGUUUGAGAAAUGAGAGGGGUUCAGGGCCAAGAGAGGGCCAAGAGAGGGUGGCACUGAACUUGCCCAGGGAGUCAAGAUUCAAGAGGGAUUCAGCCUCAAACCAGCUUCCUGUGUUCAUCCCUGGGGGUUUCGAGCAGAAGCCUCCAUCUGGGUUGGGUUUAAAGUAGUUGAUGACUUUGAAGUAAAUGUAUGAUUUUUUCCCUCCAGCUAUCAGGGUUGAUGAAUGGAGUGCUAUGCAAAUCGAAGAGACCUGUGCUAGGAGCUGCUCUUGACCCGCCACUAACAUGAUUGAAUUGCGAGCCUUUGAGCAGGUCUUCCUCAGGGACAGGUUUUCUGACUUGGUGCAUCCAAGGAGGGGAGAAGUUUUCCAGGUCAGGAUGUGAUCCUAGAAACUCUUCUCUCUUACAUUGUGGCCAAAGCUUUUUGCUCUCUCUAAAAAUCAUUUUAGCCCUGUAUGACUGAGCUUCAUUUAUAGGUCUUGAAAAUUCAUCACUUUAGUCUCAAUUUAACUAUUUCAGAUUCCUCUUGUUGAUCUCCCAUAUUUGGUCAUACUCUGUAGUUUUUGAAUGGAAGAGGCAUGUUUAGGUGGGGAGAAAACCCAAUUCCUGCUAAGAGUGAUGAUGUAACGACCCACUCCUUUUAUGUAGAUAUUGUCUGUUCCAAGUUCCUCACAACUUUAAAAUGCAUUUAUAUAGUUAAGAUGAGUCUAUUGCAUAUA